CCUCCAUGGUGGGUCGGGUUCCCCCCAUUAUGGACCUGGUGUCCUUAGAACGUCUCCUUCCGGUCCCACCAACGCGCUACUUCCGGUUUCCGUACGGCAAAAUGGCGGCGUCCGAGUGACGCUCCGGCAUGGAGACGUUGCGGCGUACUGUUGCCACAUCCGGUAUUUUCGCGUCUACUUCCGCUCGCCAAACAGAAGCUGGCGCCGCGCGUACCGGAAGUGCUGUGCAAAUAAAGCGGAAGUCACGUGGCGGACACGUCCGGAAGUUCCGGUGGGGGCAUAAUGGCGGCGCGCAGAGUGCUGCGGAUCGCGGAGCGCCGCGCUCUCAAUGCCCGCCCCGUCCCAGCAGCCCCGCAGCGCAUCGGCCAAUGGCGCGUCAGCCAGGGAUUGGCCCCCGGCAGUUCGGGCUACGGACCUCUCCGAGACCGCCCUGAUUGGUCGUUUGUGGAUGGCCGCCCGGCUCCGCUGUGGACGGGGCAGCUGCGCCGUCGCCAGGAGAACGAGGAAUUGGCCGUGAGUUUGGCUCCGCCCCCUCCGCCUUCUUAUAGGGCUCUGUGGGGUGGUUAUGGGGUGGUUAUGGGGUGAUAUGGGGCUCUGUGG